AUGACCAAAGUUGAGUUGAUGGGUUCUACUAUCGAGACUAAGUUCUUGCAGACCGAGAAAAACCAUGCCACCCUGACUACUCAAAUGGAAGACUUGACAUUGGCACAGGCCGUAGGGCUAAAUGUUGAAUCAGAGCUUUUCUACAUCUUUGUUUCUGAGCCUAUGUUUGAUAAAGACGAAGACCCUCUCCUGGAACCUCUUGUCGCGAAGGUCCUAAGGGGUUCGGUACCAGCAAAUGAGCCAAUCCCAAUGAGUGAUAAGGACUCUGGUGAUAGUGAGAUCUCUUCCUUGAGGCUGCCUUCUCUAAUAGUGCCCUUCUAUCCUUGGGACCCUUCCCUUGCAAAUAUCCUUCCUGGCCAAUGGAACCCUCUACCAAUUGGGGAGUUUAGGGAACUUAAGGACCUAUAA